AUGGCCACUCUGCACACAGCGAGCACACAGCCCACCAACUCAUUGGACACAGCAGAGCUCCCGCAAGCAUCGAUUGACAGUGAGUCAGAGGGCGCCAGUGGAGAGACGGCCAACAUGUCGGGAGGAGGACCGUUGUCUACAACCAUUACCAGUGAGUCGGAGGUCUCAACGCCACAAACUACAAACGUAUUGGAAACAGAUACCUCCCAAGGCCUGUACCUGAUUUCGAAGCUCUCGGGAAGAAGCUACCACUUGGUUACAGAAAUGAAGAGCUGGACGGAGGCCAGAGACCACUGCCGGAGAACGUUCACCGACCUCGCCAGCAUACCAAGCCCAGAGGAGGAGGAGGUCAUCACCCGCUUCGCUGCCCCAGGGGUGUGGCUGUGGAUCGGACUUUACAACGAUGACAAGUCCCCCGGCGGGUGGAAGUGGACAACUGGAGAGAGCUUCAAUUACAGCAACUGGGCUCCGUGGUACACGCAGGAGUUCAACGCCACAUUUCCCGUCUGUGUGUACAUCGACGUUGAUCAGUGGAUGGACACAGACUGCGAAAUCCCACUGCCUUUCAUUUGUUACAAAGAUCCGUUACAGCAGUUAAUUGUCCCUGACUCAGAGGUAUCAACUGCAAAGCCUGCUAACCUUACGGGAACAGGUUUGAACCAGGCCCAGCAGCUCUCGGGGAGAGGGUACCACCUGAUCAACGAGUUGCAGGGUUGGUCAGAGGCCCGGGACUACUGUCAAAGCAGAUACACGGACCUCGCCAACAUCCUGAGCCCAGAGGAGUGGAAGGAUGUAACCCGCUUCGCUAUUCAAGGCGUGGGGCUGUGGAUUGGACUUUACAACGACGGCGGGUCCUCCAAUGGGUGGAAGUGGACAACAGGAGAGAUGUUCAAUCACGCCAACUGGGUGCCUUGGCGUCCCCAGGAGCUCAACACCACCUUUCCCAGCUGUGUGUACAUAGACAGUGACCAAUGGAUGGACACUCAGUGCGAUGUCUUAUUGCCCUUCAUUUGUUACACAGAGCUCCCUGUGCUAUCCAGUGCUGAGGAACCAGAAACCUCAAGUUCACAGACUACAACAAUACUGGAGACAGACGAGGAUGAGUUCCAAACUUUAGAAGCCUUCUUAGCAAAUAUAUCUUCUUCUGGAGAACUACCACCAUUUUUCAACAGUGACGAAGAAAAGGAUCUGACUGCACAACACAGGAAUGUAGUGAAAAAUGAUGAAACCCAGAGCCAGCCUUUACACCCCCCUAAACCCCGAGUAUCUGAAUCUGAGGGUCGACCUUUGCCCAGCGACGGGAGGGACAGGGAAUAUCACGUGAUCAAAGAGGAGAAAACGUGGAAGGAGGCCCGUGACUACUGCCGGAGAAAUUACACCGACCUCGUCAGUUUCAGGAAUCCGAAGGAGGAGCAGCUUGUCAUCCCUCUGCUUGGCCAAGGGGAGUGGAAGUGGAUUGGCCUUUACAACGAGGAGCUGACCAAUAACGGGUGGAAGUGGACAAAUGGGGACGAUUUCACCUACUCCAACUGGGCGCUGUGGUACCCAGAGCAGUUCAGCGCCAGCUCCUCCCCCAUCUGCGUUUGCACGGCCCGGGAUGAGUGGUUUGACCUCCAGUGUGAUUUCACGUUGCCCUUCAUUUGUUACACAGGGUACGUCCAGAGCAUUGGGACGGAAGAGAGGUUAUACUUCCUGGUCGACCAGCUGAAGAACUGGUCAGAAGCCCGGGAUUACUGCCAGCGCCACUACACGGGCCUGCUGAGCGUGCGGAGCCAGCAGGAGUCCGAGAUCUUGGGCCCCCUUCUGACCCAAGCCAAGUGGAUCGGACUGUACAGCAACGGAGUCGGUAGCUGGCAGUGGUCCAACGGGGAUGCGUACCAGUAUGCCAACUGGUCCCCCUCCUACCCCUCCCGAUACGCCGCUGGCUUGCCCGUGUGCGCCUAUGCCUCGGACAAGGGCUGGGGAGAGGAAAAAUGCGAAUCCCACUUCUCUUUUGUUUGCUACCUGGAUCGGAACCAAACAAUCACGAGCAGGGACAGGACGUACUUCCUGAUCGAGGAGGAAAAGACGUGGAACAAGGCCUGGAGUUACUGCCGGAAUCACUACACCAACCUGGCGAGUGUGCGGAGCGCGGAAGAGGCCAGUCUGAUUUCCGUGCUGGUGCACGGGCCCCAGUGGAUCGGACUCUACACCGACGGGAUGUCCGGGUGGAUGUGGACCAACGGGGACCACUUCAGCUACUCCAAGUGGGGCCUUUGGCACCCAUUCAACUUCAACAACAGCCUGCCCAUGUGCGUGGCCGUCUUUGACGGCGAGUGGCACGAGGCCGACUGCGACUUUCCUUUCGCCUUCAUUUGCUACCGAGACAGCGCAUCCAGGAGGCUGUAUCACAAGGUCAACAUGGAGAGGACCUGGCCCGAUGCCCGGGACUAUUGCCGGGCACACUACACCGAUUUGCUGAGCAUCCGGAAUGAGCAAGAGAACAACUCAACCCGCGCCCUGUUCAGUGAGCUCAAGCAAGGCUGGUGCGGCCUGUACAAUGACCGCCAGCGGGCCGACUCCUGGGAGUGGGCUGACAGCAGCCCUGUCACUUACGUGCACUGGAAGCCGGGCCAGCCCCACCGGUACAGCCUCCUCUCCCCGGUCUGUGUUUAUGUCGAGGAAGGCCAGUGGAUCGAUGCCCCCUGCCGGUUUUUAUUGCCCUUCAUUUGCUACACAGAUUUGCUUCAAGGUCCAAAGCAGCAGGUCUUCGCACCCUUUGAUUUCGAAUUGCUUUCUUCGGUUGAUGAACAAAGCCAGAUAUCCAUGCUGUCAGCAAGGAAUCCCUUUGCAGGGUCUAUCCCAGUGUCCGACACAAAGGAUUACAUCUUCGUGAAGCACGAGAAGAUGUGGAUCGAAGCCCAAAAUCAUUGCCGGGCGGAAUACUCAGACCUGGUCAGCAUACAGUCCCUGGAGGAGAACGCACUGGUAGCACAAGUGCUCCAGAGCGAUUCGCCAGCUUGGAUAGGCCUGUUCAACAGGCAUCAGUCGGAAUACAGCUGGAUGUGGGCCAAUGGCGAUGAGUUCAACUUUUCCAACUGGGACCAUUUCUACCCGAUGGAUUUCACCACCAUGUCGGUCUGUGUUAUUAUGCUCAACGGUCGGUGGAAAGACGUGCCUUGCGAUUUCAAGUUCCCCUUUGUCUGCUACGUAGGGUAG